GCGGUGAGUCUCUCGUACCAGUCAAGAUGGCGGACAGACCAGUUGCCGUAGUGGAGAAGCGUCUGAUGGAUGUGAAGCUGGGCGAGCUGGGCAAGUGGCUCGGAGGCCGGGACUUCACCCCUAAUGGUCUCAUCUCAUCUAUCCGCGGGGGUCAUGACAGAUAUUACAACAAGUACAUCAAUGUGAAGAAGGGAGGCAUCGGCGGUAUCGCUAUGCUGCUGGUUGGCUACGUCACCCUCAGCUACGUGUGGGAAUACGACCACAUCAAACACGAUCGCUGGAGGAAGUACCACUGAGCAGCUCUCAGACCUUCAGGGGUUGACGGUGGAUCUCUUCACUCCCCCGGCUCUUUCUACUCUCAGCUCUUGUUAAUAUGUGACCAAUAAACAAUAUAAAGAUUUA